UCGAACCAGAGACAUAAACCGGUUCACCGCCUUCACUCCUGGUCGACGUUUCGUCCAAGUCCUUUUUUUUUUUUUCUGGAAUAUGCGCAGACUUGUGACGCAGACUGUUUCAAACAGUGCGGACAGUGACUGUAGCCGGCGGUUUGUCCCCUGUAGUUUGCUACUGAGACCAGAUGUAUGAACUGGGCUCCAGCCAAAGAGGCUCCUGAUCCUUCUGACACGUCACAGGACCAAGAUCCCACAAAGCAAGUGAGCUAUCCUUCAGGAUCAGAAAGGAAAAGAGGAUCCUGUCAAAGGACUUUAAGUUUUAGAAAUCCUUGGCACUCUGGUGGUAUCAGAGAUGGGGAACCAGUUCACGGAGAUCGCUCCCACCACUCCGUUCCUACAUAACUUGCAGUCUUUGCACAUAGUGGUGGUUGGUUUGGACAUGGCGGGGAAAACCUCACUGCUCUACCAACUCAAGCUGAAGGAGUUUGUUGACACCAUCCCCACCAAAGGCUUCAACAUGGAGCGGAUCAAAGUUUCCACAGGAAACUCUAAAGCCAACAACACCACCUUCCAGGUGUGGGACGUCGGAGGUCAGGAAAAGCUCCGGCCCCUCUGGAGGUCCUACACCAGGAGGACGGAUGGACUGGUGUUUGUGGUGGACGCGUCUGAGAUGGAGCGUUUGGAGGAAGCCAAGGUGGAACUUCACCGGAUUACCCGAUCAGCAGAGAACCAGGGGGUUCCUGUGCUGGUCCUGGCCAAUAAACAGGACCUGGCUGGAGCCAUGUCACCUUCAGAGGUGGAGAAGGUGUUGGCCCUCCAUGAGCUAAGCUCCUCAACGCUGCACCACACACAGGGCUGCUCUGCACUGGACGGUCAGGGUCUGCAGGCUGGCCUGGAGAAGCUGUAUGACAUGAUCCUGAAGAAGAAGAAGAUCCAUCGAUCCACCAAGAAGAAGAGAUGAACUGUAACAGCUGUGGGAUUAGUUUUUAGUUUUUCUGAGCCACGAUGCAUCUGAGGACCAGCAUGGUCAUGUGAGUGACACUUUUGGACCUUAAAUGGAGUUCUGUGUGGAAUCCUGGAGGUCCCUCAGUGGAGUUUAGACACCUGACACGCCCUCUUUUUCAGUGUAGCCACCAUGUACAUUUUUUAUGUUCUCAAAAACAUUGGAAUUAGCUGUUUUAGGUUUGUGUUAGUUCAUCGGAACCUCAUUGUCUUAUCAGUGGAGUUUGAUGGUGAAGCUUCAGAGAUGUUUGUGUAAAGUGCAAGCGGUCACUGAUGCACUCGCACAUUGAAGGACACUUUGCUCUCACAAAGGACCUUUCACCCGAGUACACUAAUAUACCAACAGGAAGCUGGAAACCUCGCUCGAGCUUCAUGCUUAAUUCACUGUUUCACCAAAUGUUUCACUUUUCUUUUUUGAUGCAUGACGUUCACCUUAAUAUCUGCGAGGAGUAAUUAAGAAACACUUUGUUAGUCAUCCAAAAGAUGAGCAGUUGGCCGAUGUUGAUCUUGAUGCGGCACUGGGCUCGGACUUUGAUGUUCUUUGACUAAAUGGGACUGACGAAGCUCGAAGCUUUUAAAACCCGUCUCACGGGUUUGGUUUGUGUUUGUUGGCAGCAAAUAUGUAGUCAAUGACGUUUAAGUAAGGCAUUGUUUUUUUUACACUGUGUAAAUAUUGUAAAGUGCUGAACAAAUAAAUUAUUGCACAUCCUUGA